CAGCCUGGUUAGCUGUCAUCAUCACGCCUCGCCACAUCUAACGUAACUAAAUGUGGUAAUGCGAUGAACGGGGAUUUUAUUGGUCAUGGCUGACCUGCGGAUUUCGUUAGCCGUCGUGGUUGUUCAUGCUGCCCUGUACAGAAGCUGUGAGGCCCUUUGGUGUAACUGCACCACUACCAGGUGUGAGAAAACUGGCUCUCAGUGUGAGACCGAUGGGGCCUGCAUGGCUUCCACCUCCUUCAUUGAUGGGCAAGAGCAGCACAUCCGUAUCUGCAUCACACGGGACAAGCUCGUGCCCCCUGGACAGCCGUUCUACUGCCUCGGUGCAGAAGGCUUCCUCAACAUCCACUGUUGCUACACUGACUACUGCAAUAGCAUUGACCUAAAGGUACCCUCAGUAACGACUUCGUCAGGACUGGGUGGAGGCUAUGGACCAGGUGGGACAUGGGGGCUGGUGGAACUGGUGGCUGUGAUUGUAGGGCCACUGUUCCUGCUGUGUCUGAUGCUGCUGGUGGGUGUGUUCCUGUAUCAGUACCACCAGAGAGCCUACAACCACAGACAGAGGCUUGAGGUGGAAGACCCCUCUUGUGAACACCUCUACCUGGCCAAAGACAAGACCCUGCAGGACCUGAUUUAUGAUCUGUCCACAUCUGGUUCAGGUUCUGGUUUGCCUCUGUUCGUCCAGCGGACCGUGGCCAGAACUAUUGUCCUGCAGGAGAUCAUUGGAAAGGGGCGUUUUGGGGAGGUGUGGCGAGUGCGUUGGAGGGGUGGCGAUGUGGCGGUGAAGAUCUUCUCAUCCAGAGAGGAACGCUCCUGGUUCCGUGAGGCUGAAAUCUAUCAGACCAUCAUGCUCCGCCAUGAGAACAUCCUAGGCUUUAUAGCAGCUGACAACAAAGACAAUGGCACAUGGACCCAGCUGUGGUUGGUGUCAGACUACCAUGAGCACGGGUCUCUUUUUGACUACCUAAACCACUACUCUGUCACUACUGAGGGAAUGAUCAAACUGGCACUAUCAGCUGCCAGCGGCCUGGCACAUCUGCACAUGGAGAUUCUUGGAACGCAAGGAAAGCCAGGCAUUGCCCACAGAGACCUGAAGUCCAAGAACAUCCUUGUGAAGAAGAACUGCAGUUGUGCUAUUGCUGAUCUGGGCUUGGCUGUCCGUCAUGACUCUACCACUGAUACAAUCGACAUUGCCCCCAAUCAAAGGGUGGGAACCAAGAGAUACAUGGCUCCAGAGGUUCUAGAUGAGACUAUCAAUAUGAGACACUUUGACUCGUUCAAAUGUGCUGAUAUCUAUGCGCUGGGGCUCGUCUACUGGGAGAUCGCACGCCGCUGUAACAGUGGAGGUAUCCAUGAAGAGUACCAGCUGCCCUACUAUGACCUGGUACCUUCUGACCCUUCCAUAGAGGAAAUGAGAAAGGUGGUGUGUGACCAAAAACUACGGCCCAACAUCCCAAAUUGGUGGCAGAGCUAUGAGGCCUUGCGGGUCAUGGGAAAAAUAAUGAGGGAGUGUUGGUAUGCUAACGGAGCUGCCCGCUUGACAGCCCUGCGCAUCAAGAAGACCCUGUCCCAGCUCAGCAUUCAAGAGGACAUUAAAGUCUGAGCGAAAUCAGCAGAGCACCGCGAAGGAACACUGAGCAGGAUCCGGCUCAAGGCUGCAGGACAACAAGAGGAAGGCACCGGGUCUUCUUCAAAGAACGCACAAAGAAAGAGAAUAUAGAGAGUGGCACUUUGUAAAAUAUUAGUCCAUAUACACUCCUGCCAGUUUUGAAGCCACAUGAUUUCUGACAAACCCUACCUCGCUUACCCAGCCAAACUACCAAGAACACCUUUCCUGUCUUGCCUCAGCUACUGCUGCCCUACCUGAACCUUUUCAUUCCUCUGUGCGCUCCCUACUAACAAGGACCUUUGGAUUUCUUGUGCAUUUGUAUGAAUCAAUAGCAGGAUAUGUAAUUAAUCAGUUAAUAUUUUAAAAAUGAGUUGCUGAUAUUUUAAAGUCUCUUUGAUUACAGUUG